AUGGAAAGACAGGCUGUUCAUUUAGAGACAAGUGGCUCAAAAGUGGGCCAGGUCAAUAAACAACAGCGGAGGAGCUAUGAUGCUAAUUUCAAAAUAAUGGUUGUCAAUAAGGCAGAGUCAUCUAACAACUGCCAAGCUGCCAAGAAAUUCGGGGUCACUGAGUGUAAUAUAAGAAGAUGGCGAGCAGAAAAACAACGUCUAAAAGAUGCUAACAGUCAGCGAAAAUCCUUCCGUGGUCCUCAAAGUGGUCGUUUCAUUGAGGUUGACCGGAGGGUUUAUGAAUAUGUCAGGGAAAAAAGAAGUGAGGGAAUGCCCAUUACCAGAGCUGUCAUCCAGCUUAAGGCCCUGGAAAUCGCCAGAGAGCUCAACAUCACUGGAUUUAAAGCCAGCCUCGGCUGGUGUCGUAGGAUGAUGCGGCGUAAUGGACUGUCACUGAGACGGAGAACGAGUUUGGCCCAACACCUGCCGUCAGACUUCGGAGAGAAGCUGCUUUCGUUUCAGCGCUUUGUUAUCAACCUGAGGAAGAAGCACUCCUACCCGCUGGAUCAUAUCGGCAAUGCUGAUCAGACACCCGUUUAUUUCGACAUGCCAACAUCGGUGACUGUAAAUAGAAAGGGAGAAAAGUCUGUGUUGGUGAAAUCAACGGGCAACGAGAAGAGCCGCGUCACUGUCAUGUUGACAUGUCUCGCUGAUGGCAGCAAACUCCCCCCGUAUGUCAUUCUUAAGCGUAAGACAGUGCCAAAGGACCCAAUGCCAGCUGGCAUUAUUGUGCGCGCCCAGGAGAAGGGCUGGAUGGAGUCGGGGCUUGUAGUGGACUGGCUAAAGGUUGUGUGGGGCGCACGCUACGGGGGACUGAGGAAGAGGAGGAACAUGCUCGUUCUGGAUGCGUUCCGCGGCCAUCUGACUGAGCCCGUGAAAAGUCAGGUGCGAGCAAUGAACGGGGAUCUUGUGAUCAUACCAGGGGGAAUGUCAAGCCAGCUACAGGUGUUGGACGUAGUUGUGAACAAGCCUUUCAAGGAUAACCUGCGAAAAAAAUACACAGAGUGGCUCCUGUCUGGCAACCACGCACUCAAACCGACCGGGAAAAAACAGAAGCCGUCAGUCCGUCUACUGUGUGAAUGGAUCCUGCAUGCAUGGGAUGCUGUUCCCUCACAGAGCAUCAUCGAUGGCUUUAAAAAAUGUUGCAUCUCAAAUGCAUUGGACGGCAGCGAGGAUGACGUGGUUUGGGAGGAGCCGGUGGAAGCGGAGCAGCUGGGGAGCGAUGACAGCGAGAGCGAACACAGCGGGGCAGAGGACGUGUGUGAGGGAUAGAGAGACAUCGGAGGAGAAGUUGGGCGAAUUUUUGUUAAGUUUAGUUAAAUGUGUGGCCUGUAUUUUCUGUUA